AUGAUAGGAUUGAAGGAUAAAUAUAACAUAUGUAGAAACAGUUAUGAAGAGACGCGCCAAGUAUUGCAAAUCAUAUUGGAACGGGUGUAUACUCCAUGUUUGGAGAAUGUUCCAGAAUAUUUCGAACACUCUACUCGUGUCAUGAUAGAGGGAAUGAGCUACAUAUUAAAGGCUCUAGAAUCUUCAUCAAUGACCUAUUUGGUUAGAUACCUAUCUGAUGUCCCUGGAUAUAUAUAUACGGAGGAAGAUAGACAUAUUUUUCAAAAUAAGCUAAAAAAGAUAUUGAAAGGGCGGUCAGAACAUACAGGAGUGUAUGCAUCUGAAUUAAUGGAGAAGUGCCUUAUACAAUCUGCAGUGCCAAGACAACAAAACGUCUUUUAUCUUCGUGACUACGAUUCUGUAGAUAUUGCACCAGCUUAUAAAAAUCUUCCAUUUAUAGGAAAAUACAAAAUUGCAUUCAAUAAUAUCGUCGUAAGCUUGUAUUCAACUUAUUAUGGCAGAAUGUUUUUUAAUUGUUAUCAUAAAUGGUCUAUUUUUGUCGCAACUUAUAUUCCAUAUCUUGCUAUGUGGAAAUUCGGCAUAAGAAAUGCGUUUGUAAAUGCUUUUCAAGAAGACCCAGUUGAUGAUAUGACUCCUAAAUUAAAUUCAGAAUAUUAUAAGCCAGAACCUCCAAAGCCAUGGUACAAAUUAUUGUAUGAUAUUUUCUGG